UGUUUUUCUACUUUGCGCCUUUCUAAUCAUUUUAACAUAACAUUUAAUCAGAAUUAAUGUUCUCGUCGCUCCUGCUGUCACCUUCGGACUUUUCCAGAAACAUACUGCUGCAUUCCUCGCUUGUUACAAUUCAACCCAACAGGCUUCCCCCCAUGUUGGCCUCUUCUAGCACGUCUUAACUAGCUGCCUUGAUAUUCAACACCUUCUCCUAUUUCCCAGAGAAUCAAGUUCUACCAGUUCUACCAGCUAGCUAUUUCGCGAUUCACCCUUUCAUCAAGGGAUGCUUCCUAAUUCCUCUUUUUAAGACCUUGUUCAGUGCCCUGCAGCGCUAUACUUCCAAACAGCAUACAAUGUCGCCAACAUCAGAUCAUACAUCUCGAAAUCCUGCGGGCCAGGACUCAAGGCACCUCAAAAGCACUUUCUUCGUCAGUAACGUGCAUUGUUCUUCCUGCAUCGCAUACAUCACGGAAGUCCUCUCAGAACUAUCUGGCGUAUUUGGCGUUGAUGUCACUAUUCUCACUCAUGAGGUGCGAGUCUCUCAUGCGGAAGAGACCAGUCCUUCCACCUUAGCCCAGGCUUUGAUUCAAGCUGCAUUCGAGGUUCAUCAUGUAACGACUUGUGAUGAAAAAGGCAUGGUUGUAUCUGACAUUAGCACAACUUCGUGGCUUUCCAAAGACUCUGUGCCUUUUGCGACACAGCAGGCUUCAUAUUCUGGCUGCUCGACGCAGAAUAGACACCUUGCAAAUUGCGAUGCCUGCCGGAAAGAGGAACGGCAAGGAAUAUCCGAGUUGCGAGACCUGUCAGAGACGGCUCCUACUUGGUCAAGGAAUGAGAAGGAUAGUCAAUUAUUUGGCCUCAGUGACGAAGUAUCGGAAAUUGAGAGUCUGGUACCCCGAAAUUAUGCGGAAAAUUCCAAAUCCCUGCAACCACAUGACAGUGAUGGAAGGUUCAAUGCCCGUAUAAGCAUUGAAGGCAUGAGCUGCGCAUCAUGUGUCAAUACAGUCACAAAUGAGGUUGAGCAGCUCGACUUCAUCGUGGACAUCACUGUCAAUCUUCUCAGCAAUAGUGCGACAGUCCUCUAUAACGGACCCCAGUCAAACAUAGAAAAGGUGAUUGAGCAUAUUGAGGAUAUUGGCUUUGAAGCCUCUCUCGAUGAAGUACAACAAGUAGGAGUGACUUCAUCACAGAGCCGGAGCCUAUCCUCUUAUGUCGCCGAAAUUGCUAUCAGUGGCAUGACGUGCGGUUCUUGUGCCGGGAGUGUUACACGAGGACUGGAAGAACUCCCCUUUGUGACAAAGGUUUCAGUUAAUCUUUUGUCUCAUAGCGGUAAGGUAGAGUUCGACGGACAUGAUCAUAUUGAUGACAUCGUGGAGAAAAUCGAAGAUCUAGGAUACGACGCCUCGGUCACCAGUGUCCUACCUCAGGUUGGGGAAAGUCAAGAUGGCGAUGAGAUCGAAAGAAGAACCGUAGCAAUACGAGUGGAGGGGAUGUUCUGUCACCAUUGCCCAGAGAAGGUUCUUAACUCUUUGAAGGAGCUUUCUGGUGUUGAGCUUGAUGAUACACUAUCUGUCAAGAACCCCAUUGUUAAAGUCACUUAUACUCCUCGCCCUCCCUCUCUUACCAUCAGAGCUAUACUUCAGCGCAUCGAUGAAGUUCAUGAUGCUUUCAAAGUCACCGUUUACCACCCUCCCAGCAUAGAAGACCGAUCACGAGCAAUACAGUUGUACGAGAGGCGUAGGCUGCUGUCCCGUUUCCUUUUCGUUUUGUUAGUGGCAAUUCCAACCUUUCUAAUCGGGAUAGUGUUCAUGAGCCUUGUGUCGUCGAACAACCCGACCCGAAAGUAUUUGGAGCAGCCAAUGUGGGCUGGGAGUGUCUCUCGGAUGGAAUGGUCUCUUUUCAUCAUGACAACUCCCGUCAUGUUCUAUGGUACUGACCUGUUCCACGUGCGAGCUGCAAAGGAGAUAUACUCCCUUUGGCGACCCGGAAGCCGUGUGCCUAUUCUGCGGAGGUUCUACCGUUUUGGUAGCAUGAAUCUCUUGAUAUUUGCCGGAACCACCGUGGCCUAUAUCGCUUCAUUGGCCGUUCUGAUAAUUGAUGCUGUCGUGGGAACUUCAUCAAUGAACAACAGCACGACUUACUUUGACUCAGUAGUAUUCCUUACGUUGUUUAUUCUAGCGGGUCGAUUUAUCGAAGCAUACAGCAAAGCGAGAACUGGUGAUGCAGUUGCAUCACUCGGUAAGUUGAAGCCUUCCGAGGCGUUGCUGAUUGUCAAUAAGCGUGCUGCGGAGCAAAAUGAUGCUGGAGCUAGCUCUGGAGAAAAUGAGAUACAGAGGAUUAAUAUCGAGCUGCUGGACGUCGGUGACAUUGUUAGCAUACCUCAUGGAGCUUCACCCCCUGCUGAUGGUGUAGUUGUCGAUACCAACACUUAUCAGUUUGACGAAAGCUCAUUGACAGGAGAGUCGCGGCCUGUGAAGAAGUCCGCCGGUGAUCCUAUUUACACAGGAUCUGUGAAUGUCGGCCAGCCCCUAAAGAUAAAGGUAUCUGCGGUUGGAGGGACAUCAAUGCUGGAUCAAAUUAUCGCCGUGGUGCGUGAGGGCCAGAGCAGACGCGCUCCUUUGGAAAGAGUUGCGGACUUACUCACAUCCCACUUUGUUCCCAUAAUCACGCUUAUAGCCGUAUUGACAUUCGUCAUUUGGCUUGUGCUGGGUGUUUCUGGCACCUUGCCAGAUGACUAUCUUGAUGUUGCACAUGGUGGCUGGGCCUUCUGGAGCCUGGAAUUUGCAAUCGCAGUGUUCGUGGUUGCUUGCCCCUGCGGCCUGGCGCUCGCUGCUCCUACAGCGCUCUUUGUUGGAGGAGGACUUGCUGCCCGACAUGGUAUAUUGGUCAAAGGUGGAGGGGAAGCUUUCCAAGAAGCGAGUCGCCUUGACGCUAUUGUAUUCGAUAAAACCGGUACCCUAACGGAAGGAGGAAGUUUAACAGUGUCUGACCAUAAACUGCUCGUUACAGGCUCUGAGGAAUUGCAAGUAGCAUGGUCCCUUGCCCGAAAACUGGAGGAAAGUAGCAAUCACCCGAUUGCUCAUGCGGUUUCAGCUUUCUGCAGUGGCAAGGAGUCAGCUAGUAUACUCAGCUCUGAUAUCGAAGAGAGACCCGGCCAGGGAAUGAGGGGCAGGUUUACCGUGUCUCUGGAGGACAAGGCCGACAAAUCGAACAGGACAGCCCAGUACGAAGCAGCCAUCGGAAAUCAACGUCUCCUCCAAAGCUUGACUUUACCUCGUCUCGAUGGCUCCCAACUUUCUAUGCUUCUUUCAACCUACCAGACGUCAGGCAAAUCCACCACGAUCUUGUCAUUGCGCAAGGUCGGCCCAGGGUCUUCAAAUGAUUCACAUUUCACCCCAGCAAUCAUCUUCGCAAUCUCCGAUUCAAUCCGACCCGAUGCUGCUCAAGUAAUUUCACAACUUCAAAAGCGCAAAGUCGACGUAUAUAUGUGCACAGGAGACAACCAGACCACUGCCCACGCUGUCGCCGACAUGGUAGGCAUCCCCCGAUCUAAUGUCAUGGCCAAUAUUAUGCCCGCAGGAAAGGCCGACUUCGUCCGUCAAGUUCAAGACGGCGUAUACCCCCCAAGAACCGACUCAGAAGCCGAGAGCCAGAGAAACGAGCAAGGUACGCGAUCAAUCGUAGCCUUCGUCGGUGACGGCGUAAAUGACUCGCCUGCUCUCGCGGCUGCAGAUGUCAGUAUCGCCAUGGCAUCCGGGUCGGACGUUGCCAUGAACUCGGCAAGCUUUAUCCUCUUGAACUCGGAACUCGACACUAUCCUCCAGCUAGUUGUACUUAGUCGCCGGGUGUUCAACCGCGUCAAGAUGAACUUCGGUUGGGCCGUUGUUUAUAACCUCUGUCUUGUACCGGUUGCCGCCGGGGUGUUCUACCCCAUUGUCAAUGGCUAUGAGAUGAAAGUUAUCGGGGCCGAGACCGUUAUGGCUGACAAACACUGGAGACUGAGCCCUGUUUGGGCUGCGUUGGCGAUGGCCUUAAGUAGUAUCUCUGUGGUCUGCAGCAGUCUUGCUUUGGGGAUUGAAAAGAAGACCAUCAAGAAACUUCUUGGCCUGGAUAAAUGAAUGACUAUUUAUAUGGCUAUAAUGCAUCGAUGUCAAUUUAAUACUGGUUUUGUGGCUUGUGGGUUUUGUGAUGUAUGUUAUUCUAUAUGAUGCAGGAUUUGUUUAUGGAUGGCUAUGCUUUAUGAUUUCAUACCAGUUAUAGCAUAUACGUCUUUGAUAGGCUUUAUUCUUAAUUUAUUGCUUUCAUGAAUUUA